AUGAAUCGAGUUAUUUUAGCACCAAAAAAUGAGCAUGUUGAUGAUAUCAAUAAUAUUCCUAUGGAACGUUUCUCAGGACUGCGUAAUGGAACAAGAUUAAUAUGUAGAGACUUAGAACGGAAUGUCAUUCAUGCAGAGAUUGCUACUGGAGAGUAUAAUGGUAAUAAAGUAUUUUUACCUAGAAUGUCCUUUAUUCCAUUAGAAUGUGAUAAACCUAUAUUCCCAUUUAAAAGAACACAAUUUUUAAUACGCCCAUGUUUUGCAAUGACUAUAAACAAAUCUGAGGGACAAACUUUAGAUUAUGUUGGAAUAUAUCUUCCACAACCGGUAUUUUCUCACGGACAGUUAUAUGUUGCAUUAUCAAGAGCAAAAACAAGUGCAUGCAUUAAAAUUCUUGCCAAACCAAUACUUGAUGAUGAAAUACAUGCUAAAUGUACUAAGAAUAUUCAAGAAUGCAUAGGGGUAUAUAAAGUUACUGAAUUCAACACAAAUGAUUCAAUUGCAACUAUAAAUUUCGUAUUGAAGGAUGAUGAAACAUUCUAUGAAUUUAACCACAAAAAGUGGGCAAUUUGGCCUGUGGAGUAA